AUGGACAAUGUCGACUACGAAGCGGUGGUUGAAGAGUUGAGGGGCAACUUCAGAUCUGGAAUUACUCGUUCUGCCGCGUACAGGAAGCUUCAAUUGAAAGCUUUAGGGAAAUGCUUGGAGGAGAAUGAGGAAGAAUUUUGUGAAGCCUUGGCUGCUGAUCUGAAGAAGAAUCCUUCGGAAACCAGAAUUACAGAAGUGGAAUUCGGGAAGAAUGCAAUUCGCACUGCCUUGUUUGAAUUGGACUCUUGGAUGAAGCCAGUUUACACAAAGAAGAAUCUGCUUACUUUAAUGGACACAGUGUAUCAUUAUCCUCAGCCCUACGGAGUUGCUUUGAUUAUUGCCCCUUGGAACUUCCCUCUGAACCUGUCUGUUAUUCCGCUGGUUGGGGCAAUUGCUGCUGGAAAUUGCGCAGUUGUGAAGCCUUCCGAAAUUGCAUCGAAUACUGCUGCGGUUUUGGCGAAAAUACUUCCUAACUUAUUGCAAUUAUUCGAUAAGCUUUAUUUCAAUUUAUGUUUUCCCUUCGUUGUGCUUCAGAGAUGUUAUAAAGUUAUUUGUGGCGGAGUGGAAGAAACUUCGGCUUUGCUGAAGGUCAAGUUUGACUACAUCUUCUUCACUGGCGGUGCAAAGAUUGGUCAAGUUGUUGCAACUGCGGCGAGUCAUCAUUUAACUCCUGUGACACUGGAACUUGGAGGGAAAAGCCCUUUGUACCUCGACGACACGGUUGAUUUUGACACAGCUGUAAAACGGAUUUUGUGGGGCAAAUUUCAAAAUGCUGGACAGCUUUGUUUGUCCCCGGACUACCUCAUGUGUUCCGAACCUCUCGCCAAAAAGUUUGUUGAGAAAGCGCAAACAAUCAUCGCCGAUUUUUUCGGCGAAGACCCGCAAAAAUCGGACAGUUUUGGGCGAAUCAUCAAUGCCAGUCAUUUCAAGCGUCUGGAAAGGCUGUUGGAAACAGGGCACGGGAAAGUCGUUGUCGGAGGAAUAACUGACGAGGCUGAUUUAGAACAUCCUUUGAGUGUUUACGUUUUCUCGAAAGAUAAGAAUGUGAUUAAGAUGUUUGCCGAGGAGACUUCGUCGGGGUCGUUGUCUGUGAACGAGGUGUUGUUUCAUUUUUCUGUUGAAGAACUUCCUUUCGGAGGCGUGGGAUCAAGUGGGUUUGGAACCUAUCACGGGAAAUUCAGUUUCGACGCCUUCAGUCAUCGACGAGCAGUUUUGAAAAAGGAUUUCAACAAGCUCGUCGAAUACGUCGGA